AUGAAGGGUAACUGGUUUAUGGAUGAUAGUUCGAACUUGUGGAAGAAUUUUUGGAAGAUUAAAGUCCCUCCUAAAGUCCUCCACUUUGCUUGGCGAGUCUUAACAGAUUGCUUGGCAACCCGUGUUAAACUUCAGAUUAAGCGUGUUCUAGUUCAGAGCCAUUGUUUAUUCUGCAACUCUACAGCUGAGACUACCCUUCAUUUGUUCCCCGAUUGUCCAUUCUCAAAGUCUUGUUGGAACAUAUCAGCGGUGACAAUUCCCCCUUCGACUGCUACCAGUUUUCUUGACUGGUUUUCUGCAGUGUGGAAUCGACACAAAGGUGAUGCUAUUGAAGAAGUUUUAAUGAUCAGUUGGUCUAUUUGGAAAGCCUGCAACAACAUUGUUUGGAACAAUAAAACAAGUACGGCUGCUGAAGUUGUUUCUAUGACACAUCAAGUUCUUGGUCAAUGGAAAUUUGCUCAAAGUUGUCGCUUUGAGCCGCUGCUCCUAAGCUCAAAUAAUAGUAGCAGCAGCGAUUAUUGGACAAAACCACCAGAAGGAAUGAUCAAGAUUAAUGUCGAUGGUGCAACAUUCAAAGCUGACGAUUCCUACGGGACAUGUUUCAUUGUUCGAGACUCGAAUGGAGCUGUCAUUUUUGUCUCUUCCUCCUAUUCGAAUGGCCUUUCAAGUGCACCCUUUGCUGAAAUGAUAAGCAUCAAAGAGGCCUUAAACUGGAUAAAGGCGUUUAAUUUGUCGGAGUGUAUCACCAUUGAGACUGAUUGUCUCACGGCUGUCCAAGCUUUGCAUUGUCAGCUUGAUAUGCCUUCUUUAUUUGGAGUUAUUGUUCAAGACUGCAGAGUUAUUCUUUCUCUUUUGUCUAAUGUUUUUAUUUGUCAUGUUAAGCGAUCUGCUAACAAGGUCGCCCACUAUUUGGCUCGUGACUCUUGUUAUUGGUUUGGUCGUAAUUUUUCGGAGAGUACUCUUCCUAGUACUCUUAAAUCUUUUGUAAUUGCGGAUUUGGUUUGCUAA